AUGCCAGAAGUCAAAGUGAAUUGGGCAACUACCCCCAGCAGUCAAAAGAAAGACACAAGCAGUAGUACCGUUGUCAGCACACAGCGUUCACAAGAUCAUUUCCAUGUGUUCGUUGGUGAUCUCAGUCCUGAAAUUACAACUGAAGAUAUAAAAGCAGCUUUUGCACCAUUUGGAAGAAUAUCAGAUGCCCGAGUAGUAAAAGACAUGGCAACAGGAAAGUCUAAAGGAUAUGGCUUUGUCUCCUUUUUCAAUAAAUGGGAUGCUGAAAACGCCAUUCAACAGAUGGGUGGUCAAUGGCUUGGUGGAAGACAAAUCAGAACUAACUGGGCAACUCGAAAACCUCCAGCUCCAAAGAGUACAUAUGAGUCAAAUACAAAACAGCUAUCAUAUGAUGAGGUUGUCAGUCAGUCUAGUCCAAACAACUGUACUGUAUACUGUGGAGGUGUUACUUCUGGACUAACAGAACAACUGAUGCGUCAGACUUUCUCACCAUUUGGACAAAUAAUGGAAAUUCGAGUCUUUCCAGAUAAAGGAUAUUCAUUUGUUCGGUUCAAUUCCCAUGAAAGUGCAGCACAUGCAAUUGUUUCUGUUAAUGGUACUACCAUUGAAGGUCAUGUUGUGAAAUGCUAUUGGGGCAAAGAGACUCUUGAUAUGAUUAAUCCUGUGCAACAGCAGAAUCAAAUUGGAUAUCCACAACCUUAUGGCCAGUGGGGCCAGUGGUAUGGAAAUGCACAACAGAUUGGCCAGUACAUGCCUAAUGGUUGGCAAGUACCUGCAUAUGGAAUGUAUGGCCAGGCAUGGAACCAGCAAGGCUUUAAUCAGACACCAUCUUCCGCACCUUGGAUGGGACCAAAUUAUGGAGUGCAGCCACCUCAAGGGCAAAAUGGCAGCAUGUUGCCUAGUCAGCCUGCUGGAUACCGAGUGGCAGGGUAUGAAACCCAGUGAAAAAGGACUCCAGAAUCUAAAGCCAGUGGCUUGAGGCUACAGAAAGUAUAGUAAAGCCAGUUGUUUACUUAAAGAUUUAUCAAAUCAGUCAGUGCAAAUGUCAGAUACAAUGUAUUUAUUUUAAAAUUCAUUUUUUAAUCAUGAAAAUACUUAUCAUCCACACUGUUUAAAAACGAAACAAGAUGCUGGAUGUCUGCCAAUUUUUGCCUUCAUUAACUUUUUUGAUAAAGUUUCUCAGAUCCUUGUUUCAAGUAGAAAUGCAGGGAUUGCUGCCACUUUUUAAAAAUUAAGAGGCAGAAAAUUGCACAAUUUUAAACUUUUUUUCCACUAAAGUAGUGUGCAGUUCUAGUUUGCAUUCCUGGUAUGAUUUAAAACAUAAUAUAAAGAUUUUUAAAAAGAAAAGAAAAAGAGAAAAACCAAACCUGUGCAAAGUCUAGAAGUUCUUCAUAAUCUUCAGCUUGUGCACAAUUCUCUUUUAGGUUAAAAAAAAAGGCAUUGUUUGAACUAUUCUGUCUUCUUUAUUAUCCCUUAGGGGUUUUUUUAAAAUAUAAAUUAUUAGUUUACAUCAUUUUUAUAUUCUACUUUUUUUCACAAAUUUGUCCUGCCUUACUAAAGUUCUGUAAAAUAUACAAAUGGAAAGGAAUGAUGCUCACUUAGAUUGAAACUUUUCUCAGAUGGAUUGAUAAUUGUAAUUCAUUUUGUGUUUUAUAUGAGAAGGUGCCUCAAGAGUUCCCUGUCAGAUAUGUUUAAAGGACUUUUCUUCUAUAACAAACUUUGUGUGUACCAGGAACUAUAAGAACAAAAACUUGUUACUAAGGAAAAUCUCUGAAAUGUGAUGUUCUUAUGCCAUGUCAAUUUUAUGUGUCAUCUUUUACAUUUACAUGUAUUAUUUCCUUAAUGUAAAAUGUUUUAGCAAGUUAAUAUUUUUGCACAGUUAGCAAACUUUGUAUGUCAUUUUCUUCUUAAAGGCAUCAUUCAGAGUUGACAUGAGAUUUAGAAGGUUUUAAGUUGUAUGCAUGUGAAUAUCAAAUACAUACUUUGAUAGUCUUUGAAUACAAAGUCAUUUGCUCUUGUUUUUCAAGAAUUUUGAGACACGAAGUCAUACGUAAAGGAGUAUAUUAAUUUUCUGUUUUCUAGUUAGAUUUACUUAAGAGUAAAUCAACUUAAUUUUAAUGUGUACAAACGAUAGCUGUGAAACUAAAAUAUUGUAUGUCAGGCUUGGAAUUCAUUAUGAACUCCAAAAUCAGCUCGAUGGACCAGCCAGGCAAAGUUUUGUUUUUUUUUUUUAAUGUUCAGAGGCCAAAAGAUAAAACAACAACAACAACAAAACAACAACAAAAAACACCAAACCUUAAAAUCCUACCUCCUUAAAUAGUCUUCAAAGAAGCGAAUCUUCAGUGCAAUCAUUAUUUUGAUUCUUUUGUUACCUAUCUUGGAGUUUCCAACUUUAUUAUUUUGGAGUGGCUCCAAGCAUUAAGAAGUUGAAUCUUUGAUGGCAUUGUUCUCGUUUUGAAAUUUCUAGUACAUUUCAGAGUCUCUUAGAAGAAUUGUGGGAGUUUUAGUUUGUUUUGUUUUCAGAAAAGGUCACAAACCUCUUUCACCUUUUUUUCCUCCUUGACUCAGAGAGGAAAGAUCCCUUGUAUAUGAAUUUUAAUGGCUGGUUAGAGAGCUCCUAGCAUUUUACUUAGAAACAGAAAAAAAAAGGUCUGAGAGUUUCCUGGUCUAUGUCUUCCUGGUUGGAGCAGAUGACUCUAAGCUGGUCUCUAAAGCCAAUAUAUCCCAGUACCCAAAGCCCAGGAAAGACAGCGCUAAGCGUAUAAUUCUCUGGAGCUCAAUUCUAUGCAGUCAUACUGAUGUUUCCUAAGUCACUGUGUAUUUUUAAGUAUUGAUACAUUAAAAUUUGCUUUAUGAAAGAUGAGUAAAAUUUUUAAAUAUUUAGAAACUUUGGAAAUGUUAUUUCCUUGAUAACUUCUACAGAUCAGGGCAUAUAACCAUACACAGCUUAAAUGCUGAAAAAUAAAUCAGGAAGCAACUUUUAGAUUAUUUUGGCUUAUAUUUCUAUUUUAAGGACUCAUUUUCUCUUAUUUAAAACUAAUUUUAUUUCCUGUGUAACUCAUGACUGCAGGGCAAUUUAUUUGGGCAUGAUAGUAAUUAAAUCUGAAUGAAAGUAUACUUUUCCUUUCAUUUUGGCUAUUUCAAGUAAUGUAAUUUUCUCUGGACCUGAGUGCUAUCCCUGAGCUUUUGUGCUUACGGUUAGUGUUUUACCACUUGAGCCAUAGCACCACUUC